AUGGCUACCGCUGUCCUUCCCAAGAAGCGGGUGCUAGGGGAGACGCCCAGCACCCGUCGCAAUAUUCCCACGACACCAUCAUCCUUGAAGAAGCGCAAGGUCGAAGGCUUCUCGUCCUCCCCCGCCCACCGCAUCGGCUCGCAAAAGAACUCGAAGAACCUCCCAGGCUCUAGUCAACCUAAGAGCGCAUUCGAAUCCGAAGUUCUCGAGAAGCUUAGCCAGGACAUUUCCGAGGCCAAGCAGAACAAUACAGAGAGAGAUCAAGCAUGGGACCGUCCGGAGCUGGUCGACUUCAAGCCAGAGAGGGACAGCCUGAUAUUCCAGCAGAUUGAGGCGGAAGAAGGAAGCUUGCACGGCGGCAGGGCAACGGUGAAGCUGUUCGGUGUCACAGAGCAGGGCCACUCGGUGAUGCUCCACGUCACUGACUUCAAGCACUACCUCUACGUUGCUGCCCCAGUGGCGUUCCGACCUGAAGACUGCAAUGCCUUCAAAGCCUACCUCGAGUCACAGGUUGCGCAGCACCAACCGUGCAUCCAUUCAAUCUCCUUCGUCAUGAGGGAGAACAUUUACGGUUUCCAGGGGAAUGUUCAGAGCCCCUAUCUCAAGAUCACCGUCAUGGACCCCAAGUUCAUCAGCAGAGUGCGUUCAACAAUCGAGACUGGAAGCGCAAACUGGAAAGGUCUGUGGAAGGGCAUGGAAGGUGGUGUCAUGACCUUUGACAACAUCCAAUACGUCCUGCGCUUCAUGGUUGACUGCAAGAUCCACGGAAUGUCCUGGGUCGAAGCCCCCGCGAAAUCAUACCAGCUCCUUCCCCAAUCACAAAGACAAUCAAACUGUCAAAUCGAGGCCGAAAUCAGCCAUUUGGAUCUCAUUGCUCACAAGCCCGAAGGAGAAUGGUCCAAGAUGGCUCCUUUGAGAAUUCUGUCCUUCGAUAUCGAGUGCGCUGGCCGCAAGGGUAUCUUCCCCGAAGCAACACACGACCCGGUCAUCCAGAUUGCGAACGUUGUAACACGGUACGGAGAGAAGAAGCCAUUCGUGCGAAACGUGUUCUGCCUGGACACGACGAGUCCUAUCGUUGCCACACAAAUCUUGGAAUUCCAAAAGGAAGAAAAGAUGCUGAGCGAGUGGCAGAAGUUCCUUGUCAAGGUUGAUCCCGAUAUCAUCAUCGGAUACAACAUUGCCAACUUCGAUUUUCCCUAUCUCCUCGAUCGAGCCAGACACCUGAAGGUCAACGGAUUCGAAUACUGGUCCCGUAUUCCGAGCAUUGCCUCGAAGGCCAAAGAGACCAACUUCUCCAGCAAACAGAUGGGUAACCGUGACACCAAGGCAACCAACACAAACGGCCGGCUGCAACUGGACCUGCUGCAACUUGUUCAGCGCGACCAUCAUCUUCGAAGUUACACACUCAACUCUGUGUGUUCGAACUUCCUCGGAGAACAAAAAGAAGACGUCCACCAUACUAUGAUCACGGAACUGUUCAAUGGAACACCUGAGUCAAGGCGUCGUCUUGCUCUGUACUGUUUGAAGGAUGCGUACCUUCCGCAGCGAUUAAUGGACAAGCUGUCUUGCCUUGAAAAUUACACGGAAAUGGCCAGAGUCACGGGUAUUCCGUUCAACUUUCUGCUUUCCAGAGGUCAGCAAGUCAAGUUCAUCAGUCAGCUUUUCCGAAAAGCCCUCGAGCAGAAGCUUGUUAUCCCGAACCUCCGGUCGGAGAGCAGCGACGAGCAGUACGAAGGUGCUACGGUCAUUGAACCGACUCGAGGGUACUACGACGUGCCCAUUGCCACUUUGGAUUUCGCUUCCCUGUACCCAUCCAUUAUGCAGGCUCACAACCUGUGCUACACGACACUGGUCAACAAGAAGGCCAUUGAGAAAUUCAGUCUGGUGAAGGAUGAGGACUACAUCGUCACUCCCAACGGCGACACUUUUGUUACCGUGAAGAAACGCAAGGGUCUCCUCGCUCAAAUUCUCGAGGAACUUUUGGCGGCCAGAAAGCAAGCCAAGCGCGAGCUGGCUGUAGAAACGGAUCCAUUCAAGAAGGCUGUGCUGAACGGUCGUCAACUGGCGUUGAAGAUCAGUGCAAACUCCGUUUACGGUCUGACGGGUGCGACGACUGGCAAACUGCCUUGUUUGGAAAUCGCCAGUAGCACAACGAGUUUCGGUCGUCAGAUGAUUAUGAAGACCAAGGAAGAGGUAGAGAAGAAGUACUGCAUCGCCAACGGUUAUUCUCAUGACGCCCAGGUCAUCUAUGGUGACACUGAUUCAGUCAUGGUUAAGUUCGGUACGAAGGACCUUCCCGAGGCAAUGAAGCUCGGCGAGGAAGCUGCUGGUUUCGUUUCUUCCAAGUUUGUGAAGCCCAUCAAGCUGGAAUUCGAAAAGGUGUACUUCCCAUACCUUCUCAUCAACAAGAAGAGAUACGCCGGCUUGUAUUGGACCAAGCCAGAGAAGUACGACAAGAUGGAUACGAAGGGUAUCGAAACCGUGCGACGAGACAACUGUCUUCUCGUACAGACUGUCAUUGAGAAGGUGCUUCGCAUGAUUCUGAUUGACCAGGACGUCCAGGGUGCUCAAGACUACGUCAAGGACACGAUUGCCGACUUGUUGCAGAACAAGGUUGACAUGUCGAAGCUUGUGAUCACAAAGGCCCUUACCAAAGACGAUUACGCCGCAAAGCAGGCCCACGUUGAGCUGGCACAACGAAUGAAGAAGCGUGAUGCUGGCUCGGCGCCUGGCCUCGGCGACCGAGUGGCCUACGUGAUGGUCAAGGGCGCUGCGGGAUCCAAGAACUACGAGAAUUCCGAAGAUCCAAUCUACGUUCUGGAGAACAAUGUGCCGAUUGACACCAAAUACUACCUGGAUAACCAGCUUGCGAAGCCACUUGGCAGAAUCUUCGAGCCCAUCUUGGGUGAGACGAAGGCGAACUCACUUCUCACCGGAGCGCACACCAGAACCAUCGCAGUUUCGGCGCCGACUGUCGGAGGUUUGAUGAAGUUUGCAAAGAAGACGCAGACUUGCAUGGGAUGCAAGAGGCCUCUGAAGGGCAAGGAGGAGAGCGCGGGGGCAGUGUGCUCGGACUGCGCGCCUCGGGUCGGCGAACUCUACAAGAAGACGCUUGAUAGAACGUCGGAUCUGGAGGUGCGGUUCGGCCGGCUCUGGACGCAAUGCCAACGGUGUCAAGGCAGCAUGCACUGCGAGGUGAUUUGCAGCAGCAAAGACUGCCCCAUUUUCUACAUGAGAAUGAAGGCCAAAAAGGACCUUGAGGAUGCGGGUAAGGAACUAAAGCGUUUCGACUUUGACCAGGCGGCGAUCUGGUAA